AUGGCCAAAGCCUACGACCACCUCUUCAAGUUGCUGCUGAUCGGGGACUCGGGGGUGGGCAAGACUUGUCUGAUCAUUCGCUUUGCAGAAGACAACUUCAACAACACUUACAUCUCCACUAUCGGAAUCGACUUCAAGAUCCGCACUGUGGAUAUAGAGGGGAAGAAGAUCAAAUUGCAGGUCUGGGACACGGCUGGCCAGGAGCGAUUCAAGACGAUCACCACCGCCUACUACCGCGGGGCCAUGGGCAUUAUCCUAGUGUAUGACAUCACAGAUGAGAAAUCCUUCGAGAACAUUCAGAACUGGAUGAAAAGCAUCAAAGAGAAUGCCUCUGCAGGGGUGCAGCGUCUGCUGCUGGGGAACAAGUGUGACAUGGAGGCCAAGAGGAGAGUGCGGAAGGAGCAGGCCGAUCAGCUGGCUCGGGAGCAUGGAAUUCGAUUCUUCGAGACAAGUGCCAAAUCCAGCACAAAUGUGGAUGAGGCUUUCAGCUCCCUGGCCCGGGACAUCUUGCUCAAGUCAGGAGGCCGGAGAUCGGGAAACAGCCACAGGCCCCCUGGCACGGACCUGAGAGCUUGUGACAAGAAGAGCAGCAGCAGGUGCUCCCUCGGCUGAGGACCUGGGCCUGGACGCUGGGCCGAGGGCGGGCAGGUGGGGCUCAGGGGGUAGAGGUGGGUAGAUGGCAGAUGGCCGAGCGGGGAGCAAAUGCAGAAGAAAAGGAGGAACGUGAGAGGAGAGAAGGUAGAAUAGAGAGGCAGG